AUGUCGAAAUUAUUACCUUUGGCGAAGACUUGUAACAUGGAAAAGAAAGAGAAUGGUGAUAUAUCGCGUUGUGGCAUAUCAAGAAAGUCUCAGUUAAAUUGCAUCUUUAUGAAAGAGGUGAUUCAAUUCUUUCCAUUUGUGGACAUCAUCGAGUUGUGCUUUGUUUCAAAAAGAUUUCAUAUGAUGAUCACAAAGACAAAGGAAGUUAUGUGCGUCACAACCGAGAACGAACUCAAGGUAUGUUCCAAUGUACAAAGAAUGAGUGGGAAUAUUUUUCAAGUCCGAGACUUGAUAGACGAACAUGUUAAUUUUGUGUUUAAAAUUACUGUGAAUUUCGAGUUUGAAGCGAAAUGCCUCGGGAAUAUACACCACCUUGAGACAAUCAGAGAAAUUAGUAUUAACUCAGGGUUUGAUGCAAGACGGUAUUUAUAUCGAAUGACUAACUUGGAAAAACUGAAACACGUUGCAUCAUGCCAAAUAGUACCUAUUACAGAAUUGAGCAACUUGAAGAGUUGGAUCAUUUUGGGGUUUGAACUUGAUAAUAAGAGUCACACCACUUUACUUGACUAUGCGAUGAAAGAUAUAACACCAGAAAGACUUGGUUCUAUUCACAGAGUUGUUUAUAUCAAAGGUGUGAUAUCACAAUAUGCACAUAUAAAAUCAUUGAGAGGAGCACAACUUGCAUUCAUGUAUCAAGAAGACAGAGUUAUACCCAAUUCCUUUUAUCAAUUGUUUUUAAAUGAAAGUGUAAUACUCCACAACACAAAAGCAGUACAGGCGUCUAUUAAAGACUUUCAAAAUCUAAUGUUUAUGAAGUUGUAUAAAAAACACUUGUUUACUGUUCAAAUAUGUCAUUGUAACAAAACAAGUGUAUUUACACAAGAAAUUGUUUACUUAGAAAACUUUACUGAUUUCAUUUCUCUCUCCUCGAAGGUCAUUAAUUUAAUCAGUCUGUCUGUUAUUAUUACAACGCUGACUCCUAAAACUGUAAGCUUUGUCAGUUGUUCUUCACUUACAUUUUUCAAAGCAAAACAAAUUGGUGGAAAGACUACAAUUCAUCUUCCUUCUUCAAUUAUGUAUUUGACAUUGGAUUCUUAUACUUCUGAUCUAUCAUUUAACACAAUGCCAAACUUAAAACAUUUUACAACAAUUGCAGGUAACACGUAUACCAAUUUGUUUCCUUUCACAGAGGUUCUUUCUCUUUAUUUACCUUUAGAGAAAUCGUUUCAUAUCCCACCAAACGUGAAAACCGUGUACCUCAAAUCGAAAGAUAAAGUGACUUUGUCGACUUCGCCAUCAACCAAAGUAGUCAUGUAUAAUUCCAAUUGA